AUGGAAUUUCAAAAAGUAGUAACCCUCAUCAUAAAAUCAGAAGAUUAAUUUAUAUAUUAAUCGGAAGCUUUGGAUCUCUAUUCAAUUAAGUAUUCACCAAGUUUUGAUACUAAUGACUUUUUUGCAGCUGCUCGCCUUCUCUUUUAAAUCUCAUAAUAAUAAAUUCAUUAAGAUCUAACCAUAGAACUUUAUGCAGAUCUUCUACUUACUAAGGAGUUCAAAGAAAUUUUGGGUAUAAUAAAUCAAGGAGUAAUAUUAAAAUCAACCACAUAAGAAAAGGUGAUCUAAAUAAAUUAUAAUGCUACAUUUGGAUUUAAAUCAGAUACCCUUCCUGAUAUUCUUAAAUAAUACAUUCCUAAAGAAAAUAAAAAACGUUAUGCACUAUUGAUAACGGAACCAUUUUAUUAUACCAAAUUUGUGAACAUAAUGGAAGCAAUGCAUUUGGGGAUUUAUAAAGAAGAAGACGAAAAUUGGGAAGUAUAUUUGGUAAUGGAACAUAAGUUUCCAAACUUACAAGGUUUGGAUGGUAUAGUAAUUACAGGAUCAAGCAGUGCAGCCUAUGAUUUGAGUGAAGAUUGGAAAUAACCAUUAUUUGAAUUUUUAAGAGAAGCUGAUAAACUUAAAAUAAGAAUAUUAGGAAUAUGUUUUGGGCAUUAAGUCUUGGCUCAUUGUUUGGGUGGAGAAGCCUAAAAGAUGCCCCAUGUAGAUAGAAUGUAGGUAGGUAGGAAGGCUAUAUCUACUUAAUUUAAAUGGAAAGAUUAGGUAAUAGAAAAUCUGAAUGUGUAUUAAAUUCAUGGAGACUAUGUCGCAAAAUUGCCCAAGGAUACAGAAGUUAUCAUGAGCACAGAUCACUGUCAAAAUUAUGCAUAUAAAAAUGAUCAUAUUUUGAGUGUGCAAUUUCAUCCUGAAUUCAAUGCUUUAAUUUUAUUGUACAUUUUUAGGAAUUCUUAAAACCCGUUGAGGGAGGUCUAUGCCAAAGAUUGUUAUGAGAGUUUUAAACAGGGAUAUGAUCAUUAAUACAUCAUUUGGGAGUUUAUGACUAAUUUCUUAAAAAACAAAUGA